AUGGCCGUUUCAGCACCCACCCCCAAGUUGGAUCGCUACAUUGUUAUCCACGUUGCGACCACCUGCGACGAACAUGGAGUCUACGUCACUAAGGACUCUGCUGAAGUGAUUGAGUUGGGGUGGAUCUUGUUGGAUACCAAAACCUGCGAGGAGUUGCACCAUGAAAGCGUUCUUGUCAAGCCCGUCAACACCCCCAUCACGCCUCUUUGCACGAGCUUGACGACUCUGACAUGGGAACACGUCCGCUCGGCAGGCACCUUCCGCGACGCCAUCAACCGCUUCGACGCUUUCGCCCAGGAACACCUCAUCAGCAAGAACCUGGAAUUCGCCUUCGUGACGUUGGAUUCAUGGGAUCUUCGUGUGCAGCUGCCCCGUGAGGCUCGGGACAAGGCAGUCGUGCUUCCGGCAUACCUUCAGCACUCCCGGACAUUCGACCUCCGCACCGAAUACCAGCGAUGGCAGACUCACCACCCCGAGUCUCUGCCCUUCGGCCCCAGCUCUCUCUCCAACAUCUGCGCCGCCCUCGAGGUUGAGCCCGUUCAGUCUUCCGCUCCCAUCAAGCACAACCUUCCCUUCCACCUGCAGGCCUUGGCUCCCGCCUCUCCCCGUCGCGCCAUGGAGGAGGCUAUCACCUUGGCCAGAGUGCUGCGCGGCUUGAUCCGGAAGUCUCAGCCCCCACAUGAGCACCCCGAGAUCCUCACCCGCCCCAUGGAUGCCAGAGCGGACGUUCGUGCCUUCCUGGCCGAGCGCAGCAAGGUUCUUCAUCUGAGCGGACUCCCCCACGAUACCACCCAGUCCGAGCUGGAGAGCUGGUUCACUCAGUUUGGCGGUCGUCCGAUCGCAUUCUGGACCCUCCGCACCCCGGAUCAGCACAAGCCUACCGGCACCGGCUUUGCGGUCUUCUCGUCCCACGAAGAGGCUGCCGAGAGCCUUUGCAUGAACGGCCGUGCUCUGAACGAAAAGGCCAUCGAGGUGUCUCCUUCCUCCAGCCGUGUCCUGGACCGUGCCGCGGAGAUCCUGACGCCUUUCCCUCCCUCCAAGAACCGCCCUCGUCCUGGCGACUGGACUUGCCCCUCAUGUGGAUUCUCGAACUUCCAGCGCCGUACUGCAUGCUUCCGCUGCUCGUUCCCGGCUAUGGCCGCUGCCCCCGAUCCGAUGGGAUACGGCUACGGCUACGGCCCCCCGUCCAUGAUGCCUCCUCACAUGGGCCACGGCCACGGAAUGGGCCAUUCCCGCGGCAUGGGCGGCAACGGCGGUGUGGUGCCUUUCCGUGCUGGUGACUGGAAGUGUGGCUCCGAGGGCUGCGGUUACCACAACUUCGCCAAGAACAUCAAUUGCCUGCGUUGCGGUGCUCCUCGGUCUGGAGCAGCAGUGGUGGCCGACUCCGCUUUCCCGUCCCCGAUGGAUCCUCCCUCGAGCUUUGGCAUGGGCCCGAACUCCAUGACCAGCACCCCGGCUCCUGGUCCCUUCGCGGCUAGCACUGGUAGCUUUGGCGGCUUUGGUCAACAGUUUGCCGCGCCCCCUAACAACUAUGCUGCCGCCUUGCCUUCGGGCUUGGGAAGCGCCCCGGCCGCAUACCCCCCUAUGGGUCAGAUGAACGCUGGUUAUGGCUCCGCGAAUGCUUCCCAUUCCGCGGCCUCGUUCGCCAACCCGGCCGCCCAGGCUGCCUUCACGGGGGCUGAUCACAACUCGUCGACCAGUGCGUCCAACGGUGCCUUCUACGGCAAUGAUGGCUCGAGCGAUCCGUUUGCCUUCCUCUCGACGGGCUUGGGAGGUUUGACUGUGGGUGAAGAUGCCCACUCUCGUCGCAACGGCGCCAGUGCGAACAAGUCCCCCGCGUAA